UACUUGCAGGUGCCCGAAGACUGAGGAGACAGUUACUUUCACAUCUGGUUGUCUGGAAGAGUUAAAGUUUGUGAAAGUCAGUCACAAAUGGAGUCAUUUGUCGCUUCGAUUGAGGCUAAAUUCUGGCGACUCAAAGUGGUCAACAGCAUUGACCAGAAUGUCUCUUGUGAGAACUCUCUUCAAGUCUUGAAGUCUUCAGGCACAUGGCAGCGGGGCAGCAACACCGUCAUGUCAUCUUUUGAGACGAAACUGUCCGACGAGGAAUACCAUCGUAGUGUGUCUGUCGACGUUGUCACUCUAGUUGACAGCAGUGUCCAAAGUUCCAUUGGUCGUGUCAUGAAUGCUUUGCCGGAGCCGACAUACAUCUCACAUUUUUCAUGGGCUGCUGCCAAGGAGAAGAAGCAAUUCAAGAACACUAAAACGUGUAACCUUGUGAUCCGAACCGUUCACAGUUGCCACCAACAAGACAGUGCUGAUAAACGUAGCACAGUGGACGCCAUCGUGACUUCCAUUCAACAUUGGUUCCAUAACAGUCGCGACAGGUUGAAGUCGAGAGUGAGAAAACGAGGACAAUCUCCUUUGAUAGUUCUCUAUUUUUUCCAGAUUUUAUUUUCAGAUCACUGAUAUGGAAAACAAAGAAAACAGACCAGAUGCAGAAAGCACACGGAUGAGUGUUUCUGAUGAUUUAUGUGGUGUUUGACUUUUAUGAUAUGUGGAAGCACUAUAAAUUCAUUUGUCGAGAAUAUUAGAAAUAUGUUUCAUUAAAGUCAACUGCUUUCUGAUAUCGUGAUUCGUUGAGCUGCUGCUAGUAUGUUGUUUUUUGAGACGAGCUGUGCACAUAAUAGUUUUGU